AUGAAGCUUUUAAAAAUGUUCUUGUUCCUGGGUGCAUCCCAGGGGCAAGAUACAGCCUGCCCAGCCGGCUGGACGCCCGGAAAAGAUAAAUGCUUCAAAGUCAUUCCAGGACGAGGCGUGAAACUGAGAGACGCUGGUAUUGCUUGCAAAGGACUUGGCGGCGAUUCUCGCCUGUUUACGCCAUCUAGCCCGAAAGAAAUUCAAGAAGUAAAGACUCUCGCGCAGAAGCAAAGCUUUGGUCUCAACUGGGCGCAGAUGAUUCAGUAUUUUACCGGCUCGGAUGCCCCCGAAGCUAUGACUGAUCCGGGCAUGGCCCGAGUCUGGAUCCGAAAAACGAAGUCGCUGUUGAACGCUGGUCUUGUCGCGAAAAAUGAUAUGAAGUUCAUCCGAAUGAACAAGGGGCAAUUUCAGCUGACGAGUCCUUCGUUGAAGUCGUUUUUCGGAAAAUCUCUUUGUGAAAUUCCGAAACAAAAGAUCGUCUGUGGCGAUUCUAGAUAUUGCUAUCAGCGGGAAAGUUUGCUCUGCGACGAGAUUAAGUACGAUGGAGAAAUGGACACGACGGAGAUGGGGUACAAAUGCGCAGCGUGGAAUGAUGAAAGUGUUUGGCCACAUGCCUACAAGGAAAAUGGGGCAACGCAUAAUUUCUGUCGAAAUCCUACGAAUGAUGAAGAUGGUCCUUGGUGCUACACUGAUAGUCCUGAUGAGAAGUGGGAUAGAUGCCCAGUUCCACAAUGCAAAGAGCCCGAAAAUGAGUUUCUCCGCGAUCAAGCUGCUUGCGGAAAACGACCAUUGAAGCAAGACGCGGAAAGAAUCAUUGGAGGCCGAGAUGCCAAAUUGGGAGAAAUCCCAUACCAAGCUCGCUUGAGAUACAAGCAGCAGCUCAACUUUGGAGGACAAAGGACAGAUCAUCAAUGCGGUGCGACGAUUAUCUCGAGUUGUUGGGUUUUGACCGCGGCGCAUUGCAUUCCGACAGAGGAUUGGUUCACUGGAGGCAAAAAUGUUGGUCAAGGUGGACAAGAUUGGUUCAGAGUCGAUGUUGGUUCGAGAUUCUUCUACUCAGACGCUAAUCUGGAUGUCAUCACAGAGCACCCCGAAAAAUUCGAAGAUGCCAAGACCUUCCAAAGCUUCCGUGUCAAAGAUGUCAUCAUGCAUCAGCGAUACAAGCAUCCAAACAACGAUUUAACACUCAUCCAACUUUUCCCGAGCAAAGAAGACGGUACUUGUAUUGUCUUCGACGAUCACACUCAGCCUGCCUGUAUCAAUACUGACAACUUCCGAUUCGGAGAAGGCGACAAAUGCUCAAUCUCUGGCUGGGGCGAUACAAGCGUCGAAACAGAAGGAAUUCAACUGGCCCACACGCUGCAGACAGCGAAUGUCGACAUAAAAGACUUCAAAAACUGCGCAAAAUCGUACCGUGAUGUGAAGCGAUAUCUCAAGCCAAAAAUGCACAUGUGCGCUAGCGCUCCUGGAGUCGACACUUGCCAGUCCGACUCUGGAGGACCACUUGUUUGCUACAAAAACGCCCAGGAAUGCGAAGGAAACUGCGAAUUCGUUGGCGACCGAGGAUAUUUGACCGGUGUCGUCAGCUUUGGAAAUGGCUGUGCAAGGGAAGACUUCCCUGGAGUCUAUGUUCCUGUCUCGCAAUACUACAACUGGAUCAAGAAGGAGGUCGAAAGGGCAGGACCAAAUCCUUACGAGAGAAGAAUGGUCUGUACGGAUCCAAAAUGCGUCUAA